CUCUUUCCCGGCUGUCAUGCAACAGAGCCCGCGGGUCUGCUAGAGCUGUACGAAUAACGAUACUGCCUUCGCCCCGACCUCUUUGCCGCCCACUCCUAAGCAUACUCUGCAGUAGUCUGCGUUAGCUCAUUCGCUUUUCGGCCUGGUCCAGUGGGCUUCCCUUUAAACGGCGAUAUCCUCCAAUUCACUCUUCUUUUCAAUAUGACACCGAAUCUUUCUGAAAAGAGCCUUCUGGGUGAGAAGGCCGCUCUCCCAUUCACCCAGUCAACCCAACGCCGAAGUCAUAUAGUAAACAAGAUGCCUUCAGCUCGGCAUUGCUUUUUGACCCUGCUUCUCGGCCUGCUUGUCACGGCCGGGCUUGCAAAUGCCCUCCUCAAGCAGCAGCCCGCUAAUGAGGACCGAGCUGAAAGCGAGUCUGAUGAUGUUGUCCAUCGUGACGACUCGACAUUCUCGCGGCUGCUGAGCUCAGCUUCGCCGCAGGCUCUUCACCAGUUCCUCCAUGCCUACUUCCCCUCCACGUACAAACAUGGCGUUUACGACUCUGAUCACGCGGCUAUGGAGGCUGUUCAUGCGAAUGAUCCGGAGUUAGCAACCUCUAUUGUCCAGAUGGCAAAAAGGCAACAGUCGUCUUCUGGAAACGAUACGACCGCCGCCGUGACAACUUCCACGUCCACCGAAACUAGUGCUGCUACUUCCACAAGUGAAAGUAGCACGAGUCAAGAAUCUACGGCGGAAACUACUUCUGCAGCACCAUCUUCCACCUCGACUUUGGAUACGACGACGACUACAGCUACCCCCUCUAGUACCACGCAGACAGACUCGCAGACGACAACGACAACCUCGGAAUCUACUGAAACCACGAGUACUUCCGGUACGUUUACCAGCUCUUCAGCCGACCUGACUUCGGAGACUACCACCGUCGUAACCACGACAUUAUCAUCCUCCACCCCCUUGAUCGUGACCACUUCCGUAUCUUCCUCUAGCUCUAGUUCUUCUUCCAGGGACUCGACCCUAGCGACUACCACCACGUCCAGCGCUGGUACCACAACGUCGCCUAGGACAUCGACGUUUACGUCGACACUCCCCGGAGGUGCCAAGACUACGAUCACUUCAGUUGAGGUCGUUACUCCCGGUGCUACCGAGGCGGCGAGCACAACAUCUGGAACGUCAGGAAGUCUGCAAUCGGGCGCUGGUAGGUCCCUUGUGAUCAAGCCGGUGGCCGAGGUUGUUAUCGGCGUAAUCGUUGGUGGAGCACUGCUGGUAUAACGGUUUUGGCAACAGGCAUUUCCCGUUUAUUAGCUCAAUAACACGGGCUAGGCGUUGGUAGCAUGACUAGGGCGAGCAUUGUUGCAUACAUGGGAUUUUGACGGCAUCUACAUUCAUUUGGAUCAACAGGGAAGAGUAAUAGAGAAAGGGUCAGCUCAGAGCGCGCAAGGCCUUGCGGCUAUUGACGAAUCUAACGAAAUUGGCUACGCUACACUGAUUUUUUGGGUUAUGCAAUCUGAAUUGGGGGAUAUAAAAAACGAACAGCGUAUACACCUGCCUAGGUAGCUAUCUAUGUUUUGGGUUGGUUAUAAUAGAGGGCAUGCGUAAGAACACUAGUAAUAAUAAUCCAUGCGGGC